AUGUCAGCUCCACAAGGCGUAUGGGGCAAACGCAACUCCCACUCCGCCGCCCGCACUCCCCAGAAUCGCUCCAACACCGCGUCCCCAAGCCAACAGAACCCCUCCCAGCCUCCGAAGCAACCACCGACCAACGUCUGGCAGCAACGAUCCUCAGUCAACGCCGCAAACGGCCCACCCGUGGAAGAGGCACACAAGUCGGUGAACGGCUUUAACCUGGCUGAGAUCCACGCUUUGGCUGCACAGCAGUACGUGCCGCCCACCUACAAGCCGCAGGACACGCAAGCAGGGAGGAGUAGCGCAUCCCCGUGGGGGAAUAAGGCAGGUACCAUGGCAAAUGGAAAGCCAUUUUUCCAGGAACUCGCGAAGCAGGUCGCGACGCUGGAGGGCGGAGGAUGA